AUGCGGGUCUUUGGCAAGUCCAUAUCCCUCGGUGCGGCGGGCGCCCAGGAGAUCAAGGGCAAGAAGCUCACACUCGACAAUGACGACUUGCGACCCCUGAAAUUGGCCGAUCGGACAUGGACGCACCGAACCUAUUUCACCUUUUGGUUCAGCGCCGUCGCAACCGUGUCAAACUGGUAUGGCGCGUCGACUGGCCAGGCCCUCGGCCUUAGCAUGUGGGAGUCUGUCGCCUGUGCUCUGGGUGGUCAGAUGCUCAUAUCAAUCAUCAUGGCUCUCAACGGCCGUCCGGGAGCCACAUACCAUAUUGGAUUCCCCGUCUUCUGUCGGACUGCCUUUGGCGUCUACGGCGCGUGGUGGCCGACGUUCAACCGCGCCGUCUCUGCGGUGGUGUGGAAUGGGGUCAACAUGGUACAGGGUGGUCAGUGCAUCUAUGUGAUGCUUCAUGCCUUGACUCCCAGGAUAGCUGAUCUCCCCAACACGAUGGGCACCGGAUCUGCUUUGACGUCUGCUGGAAUGAUUGGCUUCGUUAUCUUCUGGCUCAUCACCUGCUUCUUCCUCGUCAUACCCAUACCAAAGCUGCGGAUCCUCGUCUACAUCAAGCUGGUUGUCUUUGCCGUCUCGGCAGUCGCCAUGGUGGCCUGGACAGCGACAAAGGCGGGUGGACUCGGGGCGGUAGUCUCCCAGCCAGCCGCCGCGACGGGCUCCACGCACACCUGGCUGGUUGUACGCUUCUUCCUCCUAGGAGCCGCCAACUGCGCCACUUUUGCCUCCAACGCCUCCGACUUUCAGCGAUACGCCCAGAAGAAGAACGACGUGCUGCUUGGGAACCUUUUUGGCUUCCCCAUGUCCAACCUGGUCGUCGCCAUCGCAGGCAACCUUGUGUGUGCAUCCAGCCAGCGCAUCUUUGGCGAACUGGUCUGGAACCCCAUCACGCUGCUCGACAUGCUCCAGACGGCAGAGUAUACGGCCGCAAACCGCGCGGGCUGCUUCUUCCUCGCCGCCAUGUUUGCGUACAGCUGCAUCUUUAGCAGUAUCUUUGAGAACUCUUUGCCAGCCGGCAAUGAUAUUGCUGCUCUUUUCCCCAAAUAUGUUACCGUCCGGAGGGGUUUCUUCAUCUGCGCUGUCAUUUCUUUUGCCAUCUGCCCUUGGUAUCUUUUGGGCUCUGCAAGCAUUUUCGUCUCAUUUCUGGCCUCGUACCAAGUCUUCCUCGCCACCAUCACCGGCAUCCUCCUGGUCAACUACUACCUCAUUGGGCGCGGUCACAUCUCCAUCCCAGACGCCUUCACGCCGUCCGAGAAGGGCGUGUACUACUACACGCACGGCUGGAACAUCCGCGCAUACAUUGCCUACAUCGCCGGCAUCAUCCCCAACUUCUACGGCUUCCUCAACAACAUGGGCGUGGCCGCUCCGCUGGGAAUCACGCGAUUCUACUACUUUGCCUACUGGGUCGGCCUGUUCAUCUCUGGCGGGGUUUUUUGGAUCUUGUGCAAGUUCUUUCCGCCUGCGCUCGUCGAGGCCAGGUGGUGCGAGCCUAGGGACUACGUGAGGGAGGAGGAGCGCGCGGAGAACGAGCCUGCUGAUGUCUCGGGGGAUGUUAUUGAUGGGGCAGAGGUCGAGUCGUCUCAUGGCUCACCUGGGAAGCCGGGUUUGAAGGAUAGCACGGCUGAGAAGAGCCUGGCCUAGGGCAUUAGCAAAGAGACUCUGCUUUGUCAUUAGAGUCGACGAUAACUAUCAUUAUAUUUAACGUAACGAGCAUAAGUUCAAUAAGCCCCA